AUGGUGAAGCCGGAGGGGAAGAAGACCAAGGGGAAGCAGGUCAUAGAGAUCCGCUACAUCGAGAACAGGGACCGCCGGCAGGUCACCUUCUCCAAGCGCAAGGCCGGGUUGCUCAAGAAGGUGUCCGAGCUCAUCCUGCUCUGCGGCGCGCACGCCGCCAUCACCAUCUUCUCCAAGAAGCAGGAGCUGCCCGAGCAGGGCGACAACGAGGCGGGCAAGGCCAAGGCCGCCGGCGGCGGGAACGUGUUCGCGAUGGGCACGCCCUCCGUCGAUCACGUCGUCCGCCGCUUCGCCCCCCUCCCCGGCGACGCAGGGUACCUCCCCGCGCUGGAUGAAGCGGGCGCCGCCGAGGCCGAGCGCGCGGCGGUGGAGGCGACGGUGCGGCAGACGGAGGAGACCAAGGGGCGCGUGGCCGCGGAGGAGGCGCGGAUGAGCUCCAUCGGGGCCAAGGUGCUCACGGCCGUCCCGGCGGGCCCGGAGCGUUUCUGGUGGGAGGCCGACGUGGAGGCGCUCGGGGAGGCGGAACUGACGGAGUUCGCCAGGGCGCUCCGGCGGCUCAGGAACGACGUGCGGCGCCACGCCAACAAGCUGCAACCCUCUGCCGCGCCGGCCGGCACAGACCGGGCAGGGCAGCCUAAAGCUAGCCUGAUCAAUGCUUGA